AUGCCAUCCCCAGAGGCACGCUCGGUCACCCGCAAACGGGACGCCAUCCAGACAGACCUGGCCCUUGCCCGCAGACGUCGGGAUGACCUCGAGGCGGCGCACUCGGUGGCCACUGCCCCGCAGCACUCGACACGGACCUCGGUGGCCGACCACGCCAUGGCUGCGGCUGCCGUCCGCGGGGCGGCCAACGCUGAGCGAUAUGCGGUGGCGCGGGUCUCGGUGGAGGCGCUCCGCAAGCGGGCGCACAUCUCGCACGUUGUCCUCUCCAACAACGCCACCCUCCACGAGGUCGGUGCCGCAUCGCUCGACGCCCGCCGCCGCGAGGACCUCGCCGACAUGUCCAAGCUCGACUCGGCGCUGCAGCGGGCGGCGACGUCUACGAGCCACAUCACAGAGCCGCUGCCGGACACGGUUGCGCGCGCCAAGCUCGAGCAGCUCUUCUCGGUCGACAAGCUGCGGGUGCUCAAGGCGAGGUUCGAGGAGGCCGACGCCGACGGGACCGGCGGCCUCACCGAGGACCAGUUUGUUGAUGCCUUCUCAGCCCUCCUCGCCGGCGAUCUUGUGCCAUCGUCGCGCGCCGCCCGCGACGCCGUCCGCCUCCUCUUUCACAAGAUCGACGCCAACUUUGACGGCACCGUCGACUUUGACGAGUUCCUCUCCUACAUGUACGCCGACCUCGAGACCUCGGCCUCGAACCUCAAAUCUGCCGCCGGCUCCAAGCCCAAAACCUUUGCCCAGCGCUCCAUCAGCACGCCCUCACCGCACCGCGAAGCCAUCAUCGGUGUCUUUGCCCUUCCCAAGGCCCGCCUCCUCACUGUCUCCAAGGACGGGGUCUUUGCCGUCUGGCCCACCACCUUCCUCCGCGUUCUCGCCACCCACGUCCACUCGUCGGCCACCACCGCCUUUGGCUCGGCAGCGUCGACUCAGGAGACCGGUGGCAUCUUUGGCUCGCUCGCUUUUGCCAGCGACCGCGCCCCGGGCGCUACCGACGAUGCCAAUCGCCUCUUUGGCCCCACAAGCCGCACCUCGUCGGCGUGGGUCACCGACGUCACCUUUCUGCCGCUUCUCCAGCUCCUUUUUGUCGCCACAGACAACUUUAAGCUCUCUGUCUAUCACGUCAAGGACAACAUGGUCUUUGAGCGCCUCGUCGUUAUCGAAGGCGGCUCUGCCUUUUCCGCUGCCGCGCCCACCCCGCUCAUGGCCAACGUCCCGCUCUGCAUUGACGUCCAGGCCUGCCCUCAGUCCAACACUGCCGUCCUGGUGCUCGGCGACACCUCGGGCACCGUGACUGUUCUCGAGUUCUCCACUCGCGAGGCCGUCUCACUCGGCUUUGCCGCCCUCCUUGAUCCCGAGGCCGUUGCCGCUGGAACCGUCUCGACAGCCCUCUACACCCACGCCCUCCUCCCCUACUUUCACCACCCGACUGAUGCACCGGUCAUGACCCAGCCGUCGGCCCGGGCGCGGCCGGACCUGCCACCGUCGGCCGCCGCCGCCACCGCCGCCGCCCUGCCUGUCGAGCCGACCCCGCACGGCGCCCCGCUCCUCCCUGUCACGCUCCCACUGCCAACCGGACGCGUCGACGAGACUCAGCUCCUCCCGCGGGUCGCCGCCGCCCAAAAGGCCAUCUCGCGCUGGAUCGGCAAGGUCAUGGUCCUCCCGGACAUGACCUCGUUUGCGGCGUGCUCGACCAACUCGUACGCCGCCCUCUUUGUCCGUCACUUUGACACCAAGGCCGGCGCCCAGUUUGAAAAGGUGUGGGCCAUUCCCGGCGGCGUCGCCGACUUUGACUACUGCCCCGCAGCUUCGGGCUGGCACUUUCUCGCCACUGGCGGUAUCGACCGCGCCGUCCGCCUCUGGAAGCCAACCUUUGCCUCCUCCGAGCCGCUCGCCCGCCUCACUGGUCACUCCCACCCGAUCACCAAGGUGGUUCUCUCGCCUCCUACCCAAGAAGUCCUCGCCCUCGCCACCGACAACACCCUCCGUGUGUGGGAUCUCGAGAGCUACAGCCUGCUGCACAUCAUCGAGCCGUUCGCUCCGCUCGCGCCGAACGAGCUCAUCGCCUCGCUCUUCCGCGAUCCCGACGGCGACUACCUUCUCGCCACCACCACAGACAUCAUCCCCUGGCGCGUUGUCCUCGCCUCGGGCCCAGAAACCUCAGAGACUCUGCUCCGCGGCCGCAACGUCGCUGCUCUCUACGAGCCGUUCUUCAACGUCGUCAUCAACGUCACUUCGACAGGCUUUGUCCGCGUCUGGGACAUCUCCUCGGGCAAUCUGAAGAACACUUUUUCGGUCAUCGAGCGCAAGACUUCCAACGCUCUCACCUCGCUCCCAGGCUCGCUCGCUGCCUCGGAGCUCCCGCAGCACUCGUCCGAGCAGGUCCAGGCCGGCGAGCUCGAGUUGGCUGUCCCCUCGAUCCUUCCGCCGUUUGCAGGCGACGGCAUCGAUCCGCACGAGCGCCGCCUCGCCAACGUGCUCAAGGCCACCCGCGCCGACCAGAGCUCCGCCACCUCGUCGUCGUCCGCCCGCGGCGCCAAGGCCGCCAAAGCCGCCAAGGCCUCUCGCGCCCGCGACGAGCUCAAGUCCAAGCUCGCCCGCCAGUUUGUCGCCGCCCUCGCCGAGGAGGACGUUACCGCCGCCUCGCUCGCCGGCCGCAAGCUCGUGGUCGGCACCUCGCAGGGCGCGCUUUCGGUGUGGAACUUUAACAACGGCCAGAGGCUGUGGGAUCUCGACGAUACUCUCACUGAGCCGGUCAUGGCCAUAACUGCCGCCGUUCAGCUCUCGGGAGAUCAUCGCAAGGCGGCCGGUGCGCUCAUUGCCUCAGCCACCGCUUCCAAGACCCGCGUCCUCGACCACCAGACCCGCCUCGACCUCUACAGCCAGCUGCAUGCUACGCUGGCCUCGGCCGCCUCGGAAUGUUCCCGCACCAUCCUUGCCACAGGCUGGUCGCGGGUCCUUUCCAUGUUCAAAGACUCGAACGCGUCCGGCGACGACCGCAAGUGCAUGCUCAACCAUCCAUCUGGCGCAAGCGCCGUGUCUGCCCCGCGGUCGUCGCCACCGCCGCGGGCGGCGGCCUCACCGCGUAAGCGCCGUGCCCGCGCCACGCCCGCGCCUCCUAUUGCCUCAGGCGUGGCCUCGGCCCGCCGCUACCCGUACACUCCACCGUUUACCAAGAUUCGCGCGGACCUUGCCGCCGGCACCUCGUUCUUUGACUCGGCCCAUACCAACAUUGACCCGUUUGAGGAGACGCCGCAGUCGUACGCGUCGGUCGUCGAGGGCGUGCUCUCACCGCACAAGGCGGCCUCGCGGCGGAGCUUCGAACCAGGAGGCGAGGGCGCAGUCAGUGCUGACAACUCGGCCGCCCGCGCCCGUGCUCGUCGCAAGAAGCGCCGUGCCCGCCGCCGCCGCCGCGCCCAAGCCAAGCUGCAGACCUCGGCCGGCUCGGUUCCCGGCCUCAGCCUCUCGCGCACUUCGAUUGCAGAUCUCUGGCUCUCACUCGGCUCGGUCCAACCUGCGUCGGCCGAGCCCUCGCCCACACCACGGACUCACUACGCAGGCGAUGUGGCUGAGCUCACGGCAUCGACUACCCGCCCGAUUGUUGCUGUCCACAUCUCUGAGGUGCCAGACACCGAGUCGUCGAGCUCGGAAGCAGAGUCGCCAGGUACCUCGGUCGACUUGCUUGCCAACGCCAUUGUCAACGAGCUCGGCGAAAUGCCUGCCGCGCUUGCUGGGCGGCAGCUCAGGCGGCAGUUCUCGCUCCUCGCUGACGCCAACGUCGACAAUCUGGUGCUCGGCCCGGCCAAGCUCCUCCAGCCCGAGCCGACGAGCCCCGAGGUGACCGAUUGGCGCUCGUCGUCGACGGCGGUGCUGGGCAACAACCCGCGGGUCCGGAACGUGCGCGGGACGCGGGCAGACGGCUCAACCCUCACCGAACUUGCAUCGCUGGUCAAGGUUGCGGCCCACGCAGGGUGUGAGUCGAGCUCGGACUCGGAGGCAAGUGGCUACACCUCGAGCGACUCGGACGCUGUGUCGUCGUCGUCGAAACUCUCACGGACCAACUCGGAUCGGUCACGGUCGCCGCUCCUCUCCGAGGCAGCGGCCACCAACGCGUCGAUCACCUCGCUGCUCUCUACAGCGUCGGUCUCCAACCUGCGAACGGCAUGUGGGCGCCGCGACCGCACCGCCGCCUCGCUGCAGCGCCACGACGAGGACGUGCUCUCGAUUGCCUUUGCCGCGCCCAACAUUGUGGCAACCGGCUCGUAUAACGGCAAGAUCUUUGUGUGGACUAUGGGCUCGCGCUCGCCGAAAGCUAUUCUCCACGCCGAGGAGCACAAGGAGGCGUGGGCGACCGGCGGGUUUUCUGGCGAGUGCGCAAUCCGGGUCCUUGCCUUUGCGCCGUACCUCGCUCAGCUCGCCUCGCACGAGCUCCCGCCGCUGCUUGCCGGGUGCGGCGACGGCUCGCUGCGGAUGUGGGAUGUGCGGACGGGAUUCGAACGCGACACGCUGCACUUGGCGAGCGCCGAGGCCGGCGGCGGGCCUAUCACUGCGCUCACGCUUGAUCCGCUCAACUAUUUUGCGUUUACCGGACACGCCUCUGGCCGCGUCAUGAUUGUCUCGCUGCAACACGGGCGCGGGAGGCUGGUGUCGGAGGAGGAGGGCAUUGUAGUCUCGCACACCAUGCCGAUUGUGGCGUUGAGCUAUGUGUGGGGCGGAGCCGCACACGGGGCGCAAGACUCGCUGGUGGUCUGCACUCCGGGCUCAGUCUCGCUGUACAAGCUGUACCUCGGGCGCGACAGCUCGCACGCAACCACACUUCGCGGCGUCGAGCUCACUCACAUUGUGGCGGCGUCUCUCGUCGGCCACUUUACCGAGGUCACCGCUCCGCCGGUAUGGAGCAUGGCGGCGUACUCGGGGCCGAUGGCGCUGCGGCGUAGCGUGCUCGCGUCGUCGUCGAGCCGCGCGACUGCGCUUGCUGCGCUGCGCGAGCACGCCAACCAGGCCAUGCUCGUCUCCAAGUUUCGCAACAAGGUCAAGGCCCGACUGGCGGCACAGCGGCUGCCGACGACCGAUCCGUACCUCGGGAGCGAGUCAGACUCGCAGCUUGUUGUGCCGUCGCUGCUCUCGAGCCAGGAGUCGCGCGACAAGAACCCGUACCACGCGCCGUCGAUCCCAUCGGCGCUGCCGGCUGUGCCGCCAACUGACCACUUUUUCCGCGAAGCCAAGUUCCCCAACGUGUCAGAGAAGCGAGUCUUUGUCCACUUUCCGACCGCGUCCGACACUCCGCUCACCUGCCCACCGUUCCGGGCACUUGCGAGCGACCCGUCGUUUGCGCGGCGCAUGCGCAAGAUCUACGGUGUCUCGUGGACAGCCAAGGCCUCGUACAAGCGGCUCAAGCGGGCGCUACCGCGAAUUGUGCUCAAGGCUGCCGCCCAUUUGGAUGACCCGGCCACACUGGAGACCAUGACCAAGGUACCGGCCGAGGUGGCCAACCGCUCGUACGGUGGCGGCGCUGCUGCCGAUGAGCGCCUCGCCACCGGCGAGGUGCCGGAGCAUGGUGUCGAGACUGCAGCUGGUGCCGAUGGCGCCGAGCAGGUCGAUGACGACGAUGUACCUGCUGCCGGCGCGCCUGCGAUCGGGGUGCCCGAGGCCGAGAUGACGUCACGGCGGCGCGGGUCGGUCAUGGCAGACAUUGCAGUCCGGCACGGCGCGGCGCGGUACGGCGCUGUCGAUCAUGAGACCGAGACCGAGGCCGCAGCGGCGGCGGCGUCACACGCCGGCUUCUCGCACGCCGCCGAAGUUAUUGCGGCGACGGCGUCGAUGCGUCACGGCUCGCAGUCGAUCAACAUUGCGCGAUCCCUGAUGCGCGAAGGCUCGAUGGAGCGGGUCCUCUCGGACGUCUACAAGUCGUUGCUGCAGCCUGCCGAGGCUGCGCGGCAGGGCGAUGCGGGCGCAUCGCUGGUGCUCAGUGAUGACGACGAUGACGGUGACGAUGACGGUGACGAUGACGACGGCGAGUCUGCGGAUGACGACGGCCAGCAAAGCGGAGCCGACUCGGAGCCACAGGCCAGCGACGGGAUCGAGCUGGGCGAGACGGUCGUGGCCGGCAUCGGCUCGGGCGUCUCGUUACAUGUCUCGCUCGAGGGCGAGGGCGAGGCUGAGGCUGACGAGGCGCGCGACUCGUUCCCGACCAGCCCUGCACCGGCGAGCAGGCCACUCGAGGCGGCGAGCCACGGGGUGCGGAGCAGCAAGCGGCGUGACUCGGUGGUGAUGCUCUCCCGGGCGCUGCACGCAGCCAAGGUAAUGGGUCGGCUGCGGGCGGGGCGGCGCGACUCGGAUACGUCGUCGACAGGCUCGGCACGGUUCCUCUCGCCGCGGAUGCGGCCCGGGCGGCGGCUGUCGACCGACUCGGUCGACUCGGACUUGUCGUCCGAAGACCCGCUGCGUGACCUUAUUCCCGAGGACGAGCGGCGGCGCGGCGAGGUGACGCUCCCACCGCUGCAGUUUGGCCGGCUGGCUGACUCGCUCACGCCGUCGUUCCAGGCCCGAGUCAAGUCGACGCCGCAGUUCCACAAAGCCGAGUCGCGCCGCGACGUCUGGCGCCGGACAGUGCUCAAGAAGCAGGCGGACCGUACGUGGGACGUCCACAAGCAGCACAAGUCGGUGCGGCGGCGGUAGAUACCGCCUCGCUCACGAUGUCUUGAGCUUGGAGAGGAGGUCCAUCCGCACGAUGCGGCGGCUCGGGUCGACAGCGUCGCGAAUGAACAUGUCCGCAAAGGCCU